ACAAUAACCUUGUGAUUUCUCGGGCUCGCUCAGUUUGUUUAACACUUUCGCGUCGCCUUGAGCGCGAGAAACUUUCAGUUAAUACCAAAGACACGUGUAUUUCAAUAUUCUAACGCAACACAGUCAACGAAGUUUGUUCUCUCUGUUUACGCCCAAUGAAUUUAAUAGACAAAACACCGCGCUUUCCUCUAUAUUAUUUCACAGUAGCCCGAAAUGCAAAUAAGUGUUCCAAAGUUGCACAUUAGCUACAAUUUGUAAAACAGGCUAGUCACUGUGUGGUCUUCAAAUAACAUAAACAGGUCAAAAACAUUAAGCACAGUACACGGUAGAAACAGUGCCACAGAAUUCUAGGAAACUCAGAUUCCACCUCCAACUCAAGGAUGAGCUUGUCAGAUGAACAAAAACCAAUAGCGAAAUUGUAAACAAAAGGAAACGGCGCUUAGAAAUGGACCGGAGACUUGUUCCUUCGCAACAUUAGUUGUUUGUCCGUGCUGCGCGGGUGUUUGUUUUCUUUGCGAAAAAAGUUUACUCUCCGUUGUGCCAGCUAACCAGUCUAUUGUUAGAGGAGGGCGGUGUGGGCGAUACACUUAUCCAAAAGUAAAUGGGUGCCGGAAAGCCCAUUAUAAGGGGCGCACUUCUCUGUCAAUCAGUCUCGUCCCAAGGCGAGGAAAGGCACAUUACCUGCAGUUCCUUAUCUAAAUAGAAAUAAGAACCGGUUUUAUCGCAAAGGGGAGGCCCUAUGCGAGUGAUAAGAGAGAAGUCUGGAUUUCAGUUUAGCAAAGGGGCAGGACAGAGGCCGCUUGGAACAGUUCACAGCGCGCAAGACUUUGAAAACAACAGUGCGCCAACACACGCGCGUUUAGAUCGGUAAUCAACACAAACUUACUAAGAAAGUCGUUUUUACAAGUUCAGUGCGAAGGAUAUAUGGUUAACACUGAAGGAGAUCAUCGUUUUUAAAAUUCUUGGACACAGUCAUAAAUGAAGAAAACCUUGCGAUACGCGACACACUAUCUAUUGGGGACAUCGUGAAUUUACUUUCUAUAUAGGCGAACACUCACUUGCAUAUUGUUGCUUUUGAACUCGAGUCCAGAGCAAAUUGUAAAUCCAAUUUUUGGAAUGAUUUCAGCAAUAUCAAGCCCGUGGCUGACGCAGCUGUCCCAUUUUUGCGAUGUUGCAGCCUUCACGACCAGCAGCCUGAGCAGCCUCAAUACGCCCGGGAGUUACCAUCUCUCUCCUUCUCCUGGGGAUCCAUACAGCCAUCAUGAAAGCCAGUUUGAGCCGUGCCCGGCUGCCCAGCACGCCUACAACUAUUCCGGAUCCAACCCAGCACAGGCCCCGGCACAAGGAGACAGUGGGACCUCCAAUUGCUCCUCGUCGUCGUCAAGCUCAACGCCGAACAAAACGCUGGUGAAAAAGAACCCUAAAGUAGCCAAUAUUAAUGUACAGUUGGAAAUGAAGGCGCUCUGGGAUGAAUUUAAUCAACUUGGGACUGAAAUGAUUGUCACAAAAGCUGGAAGACGAAUGUUUCCUACAUUUCAAGUCAAAAUAUUUGGAAUGGACCCAAUGGCAGAUUACAUGCUCCUGAUGGAUUUCCUACCAGUGGAUGAUAAACGAUAUAGGUAUGCCUUCCACAGUUCAUCGUGGCUGGUGGCCGGGAAAGCCGAUCCAGCGACUCCAGGAAGAGUGCACUACCACCCCGACUCACCUGCCAAAGGAGCGCAGUGGAUGAAGCAGAUAGUUUCCUUCGAUAAAUUAAAACUAACGAAUAAUCUACUGGACGACAACGGACAUAUCAUACUGAACUCAAUGCACAGAUACCAGCCUAGAUUCCAUGUGGUCUACGUGGAUCCUAGGAAAGACAGCGAGAAAUACGCCGAAGAAAAUUACAAGACAUUUGUUUUCGAGGAGACCAGAUUUACCGCCGUCACAGCCUAUCAAAACCACAGAAUAACACAACUGAAAAUCGCCAGCAAUCCGUUUGCCAAAGGCUUCAGAGACUGUGAUCCCGAGGACUGGCCCAGAAAUCACAGACCAGGCUCUCUGCAAAUCAUGAGUGCGUUUGCUCGAACCAGAAACCCCAUGUCUUCUCCCCCACAGCAGAACGGCACAGAAAAAGAGGACAGCAGGCGAGAAUAUGACCGUGACCCCAGUGGGAAUCCUCUCCAUUCUGACCCCACUCACCAGCUGAUGUCCCGAGUACUCAGCCCUGCCCUUCCAGUCCUCAGCGGCCUCCAUGCCGUGCCCCUCACAGCCGGCCCACGCAGCCCACCUCACGAACUACGCCUCGACGGACAUCCGCAGCCACCAGACACUCUGCAUCAUCAUCCCUACAAGUAUCCAGCCACCUACGAACACUACCUGGGAGCCAAAACCAGGCCGUCCCCCUAUCCCUCACCCAGCAUUAGAGGCCACGGUUACCAUCCACACAUGAACCCAACCACAGCCAACAUGUACUCUGCAACGAGCGCACCAACUAAUUACGACUACGGACCCAGAUAAUGACUGAUUAAACUGAAAACACACACACACAUACCUUUGUGUCCCGGACUCACUUGUUGAGUUUUGAAAUGGACACAACUUUUGUAGUGGCUUCUGACGGAUGAGAAGAGGAGCUGCCAUAUUUAUUGAAGGGAGACAUGUCACAAAUGUCCUUGUGGAGCAUAUGGACAACAUUUGCUCUGGACGGCCUGUGAAUUCAGAAUCAGAACAAUGACAGGCCACUGGGAAACUGCAGUAUAACUAGUGUUUGGAGUUACGAGGAGGACUUCUUUAGACAAAUAAUGCAUUAUCACGGACUGGAACUGAACUUUUGUGUUGGAUGCACUUUUUGUUUUUGCUUUUAAAAAGCCAUAAGUUAUAUAUAUAUUACUCUUGAGCCAUUGAGCUUCUAGAUAGAUGGAUUAUUUGCAUGUUGCGCUGUUUUGAAGGUGCUGAAAUGCCCUGAUUUUUAAUUCUUUUUUUUUUUUUUUUUGGGAAAAUGCUAGACCACCUUUAGCAAAUCCGUGAAGCUUGUAACGUGGCACUGACGUACAGCAAUUCAAGUAAAUAAAUGAACAGAAUGGCUGUGCUGAACUUGUAAAAUAAACAUUAAAUAUUUUACCUUUAAA